AUGACAGGUGGUAUUGGAUGUGAUGGUAGCAAUGGUAGGGUGGUGAGUGGUGGUGGUAGAAAUGACGGUGAUGGUGGUGGUGGCUUUAGUAGUUGUGGUGGUAGUAAUGUCGGUGAUGAUGGUGGUGACAGUAACAGUGGUGGCGGUGACAAAGGUAGUGGUGGUAGUGACAGUGGUUGUGGUGGCGGCAAUAGCGAUGGCGAUGGUGGUAAUACAAAUAUCGAUGGCGAUGGCGGUGAUGGUGAUAGUGGUGGUAGUGACGGUGGUUGUGGUGGUGGCAAUAGCGAUGGCGAUGGUGGUAAUACAAAUGUCAAUGGCGAUGGUAGUGAUGGUGACAGUGGUGGUAGUGGUGUUAGUGUCGGCAAGCAAUGGUGGUGUGGUGGUGGUGGUGACAAAGGUGGUAUUGGUGGUGGUGGCAGUGAUAGUUGCAUUGGUGAUAGUGAUGGUGGUGGUGGUGGUGGUGGCAGUGACAACAAAAAGUGUUAA